UUAUAUCUCAGUUUUGGUGCUUAUUAUACCAUUUGUCAAUCUUUGUCUCCACUACAUGCUCACAUCACUUCUCUACUUGCAGCAAUCUGUAGAUUUUUCACUGAAUUUCUUAAACUAUAACCCUUUCUCUUUGUCCCUCCAUUUUUUAAAUCCAAACUUGCAUUAUUACAUUCUUAUUAGUCUUAUGCACCACACAUGACACAUACUCCUCUGUCUCUCUAGCUUCUUAUUUGAUUUAACUCUGAAACACUUUUUUUCUUACCCCAGUAAGUUAUGGGAAAAGCUAGCAGGUGGUUGAAGGGGUUAUUGGGAUUGAAGAAGGAGAAGGAUAGCUAUGACAAUUGUGGUUCAAUGGCUGCUUCUACUGACAAGAAGGAGAAGAAACGUUGGAGUUUUGCAAAGUCUGCCAAAGAUGGAGAUUUGACUCAAAAUGCUUCUACAAAUUAUGGAGUCAGGGGCUCUGACUCUGACUCUGCUGAUGCUUGGAUCAGAUCUUGUGCUGCUGAAAAAGGGAAUGAGCAGAACAAGAAUGCCAUAGCCGUGGCAGCCGCCACGGCAGCUGCAGCGGAUGCUGCCGUGGCGGCCGCCAAUGCUGCCAUGGCAGUUGUGAGGCUAACAAGCCAUGGAAGAGGAACAUUGUUUAGUGGAAGCAGGGAGAAGUGGGCUGCAUUGAAGAUCCAAUCUUAUUUCAGAGGUUACUUGGCUAGGAAGGCUCUUAGAGCACUCAAAGGAUUGGUUAAGAUACAAGCUCUAGUUAGAGGGUAUCUAGUUAGGAAAAGGGCUGCUGCAACUCUUCACAGUAUGCAAGCUCUAAUAAGAGCUCAGGUUGCCGCGAGAGCUCGCCGUUCGAUGAUCAAGGCGAAUAGGUUUCAGCCUCAAACUCCUGGAAGAAGAUAUGUGCAAUGGUAUGAUGAAACAAGAAGUGAGUUCCAUAGUAAGAGGCUACUACCAACAAGCAAAUCCUAUGAAACAUCCUUAAAUAUGAAAGGAUUUGAUGAGAGCCCCAAGAAUGUUGAAAUUGAUACAUACAGGCCACAAUCAAGAUCAAGGAGAAUCACAACAACUACUAUGUCUGAGACUCAAGAAGACCACCUUCACUAUCAAGCAAUCUCAGUUCUUGAAUGCAGGCAUCCUCCUCAGCAUUUGGAAUGGUACUCGAACACGGAUGAAUGUGAGAUCGCGACAGCUCGCAGCACGCCUCGUCUGGCGAAUGCUCCGGCUACACCGGUGAAGAGUGUUUGUGGAGACUCCUUUAGGCCUUACUGCAAUUCCCCUAACUACAUGGCCAAUACUCAGUCAUAUAAGGCAAAGGUUAGGUCUCAUAGUGCUCCAAAGCAAAGGCCUGAGCCUAAGAAGAGGUUUUCACUCACUGAAAUAAUGGCAGCAAGAAAUAGCACUAGUGGUGUUAGAAUGCAUUGGUCAUCCAAAUCACACUCUCAAGAUUAUUGCAGUUUUGACAGAGUUGAGAGCAAACUGAAAUAGACAUGCUUAGUAUCUUAAUUUUGGAAUCUGCUACUGUACAUUCUUUUAAAAUGAGUUUGUUAUCUGCUAUGUUCCUUACUUCCUUUUCUUUUAAAGAGUUUGUUAUCUACUUUUGUUUUUGUGUUUGGAUUAGUUUAUCAAAACCUUUUUAGAUUGAUAA